AUGGGGUUGAAAUCUCCCAUUCCCCUGCAAGAACUGAAAUUCAACGUCCCCGUGCCCUAUAAACUGCACGUGGAUCGUGACCUGCUCGGUUUGACCAAGCAAAAGCUGGCGCUAGCUCGAUAUCCAGAGGAGCAGACUGAUUUUGCAGAAAGCAACUGGGCGCAAGGUGCCAAAGUCUCUCGAGUCAAGGAGUUGGCCGAUUUCUGGAGAGAUGAGUAUCGGUGGGAAGAUGAAGAGGAACGCUUGAAUGCGGUCUUUAAUCAUUUCAUAGUGAAGGUGGAUGUCCCCGGCUAUGGUUCACUUGUACUACACUAUGUCCACCAUCGCUCCACGAACACAAACGCGAUGCCCCUUCUGUUCUCGCACGGUUGGCCUGGCUCCUUUGUUGAGGCAGCGCGAAUUGUUCAUCCUCUGACCCAACCUGAGAGUGCAAGUGAUCCAUCCUUUCAUUUCGUUGCCCCUUCCAUCCCCGGCUUUGGCUUUUCGCCGGCUCCGACCAAGUCAGGCGUUGGCCCCGAAGUGGUUGCGCGAGCCUACAAGAUUCUCAUGGCCGAUGUCCUGCACUAUCCUCGAUUCGUGACCCAGGGCGGUGACUUCGGAUCUUUCAUCACUCGGUCAAUCGCCAUUCAAUUUCCUCAGCUUGUGCGGGGCCAACAUCUGAACAUGUUCCCAGUGCCUCCUCCCACCUUCACGUCGGCCCCUCUAGCCUAUCUCCGGUGGUGCUUCGCUGCGGUAACAUACUCAGACUUCGAGCGACGGGCAUUGGCAGUGCGUGAAAAUUUUGAAAAAGAUCAGAGCGGCUAUUUGGAGCAGCAAAAGACUCGCCCACAGACUCUAGGAUUCGCAUUGGGCGACUCGCCGGUUGGCCUAUUGGCGUGGUUUGUCGAGAAAUUUCACGACUGGGGGGAGGUCUACGAGGAAUUCAGUGACACCGAUAUCAUCACUUUGGUGAUGAUGCACUGGAUUCAAGGUGCGACACCUGGGCUGCGUUUCUACCGGGAAGCAUUCGGUAGCAGCAAGCGUGAAGCAGAGAAAACAUUUGAGACGUACCUGUCGGUACCUACGGGGGUCAGCAUGUAUACAAAGGAGCAACUACAUUGUCCCCGGGACUGGGCUGCACAGGCAGCAAACAUCCAGUACUGGAAAGAGUAUGAACGUGGCGGGCAUUUUUCGUCCCUGGAACGACCAGACUUGUUUGUGAAGGAUGUACGGACGUUCUUUUCGUCUACUACCGUAAUGAAAUCAUUCCAUGGGAACUAG